CCUUCGAUCACUUCUACUCCACAAACAAUUCUUCUUUCGACGGCGGAUUGUAACUUAAUAAGAUCGGAAAUACAGUCAUCACCCCGAAACCAUGGCUUCGGGAUACGAUAGAGCUCUCUCGGUUUUCAGUCCCGACGGACACGUGUUUCAGGUCGAAUAUGCUGGAGAGGCCGUCAAAAGAGGUACCUGCGCGGUGGGCGUCAAGGGCAAGGACGUCGUCGUCCUCGGCUGCGAAAAGCGGUCCGCCAUGAAGCUGCAGGACACACGCAUCACUCCGUCCAAGAUUGGCCUCAUCGACACCCACGUGUGCCUCGCCUUCGCCGGGCUCAACGCAGAUGCCCGCAUCCUGGUGGACAAGGCCAGGUUAGAAGCCCAGUCGCACCGCCUCAACCUAGAAGACCCCGUCACCAUCGAGUACAUUACCAAGUACGUCGCCGGCGUGCAGCAACGAUACACGCAAAGCGGCGGCGUCCGGCCCUUCGGUAUCAGCACCCUCAUCGUCGGCUUCGACAAGGGCAGCCAGGUGCCCAGGCUUUACCAGACGGAGCCCUCCGGCAUCUACUCUGCAUGGAAAGCAAACGCGAUCGGGCGCUCCAGCAAGACAGUGCGCGAGUUCCUGGAGCGCAACUACAAGGACGACAUGGACCGCGAAGCGACGGUGCGGCUGGCGAUCAAGUCUCUGUUGGAGGUGGUGCAGACGGGCGCCAAAAACAUUGAGAUUGCCAUCAUGGCGCCCGGCAAGCCCAUGGAGAUGCUCCCCGUCGAGGAUAUCGAGAGCUAUGUCAAGAAUAUCGAACAGGAGAAGCAGGAGGAGGCGGCCAAGAAGAAGACGGGCAGGACCCCGGGGACAGGGACGGCCACUAUACAGACCAGGACCCAUGACGAGCCUGGCGACCAUUAAAGGGGGGAACUGGCUGGCGUACUCGGGAUUGCAGAGGCGGGCCGAGGCUUUCAAGUCACCAUGAGGUAGUGUAGAUCGGUGGCGCGAGGCGUCUCCAUCGUUGCACCGCUCAGCGUGCUUGAAGCAAGACCCUCCUUUUACGUGUAAGAUUAUACCAUGAACCCGACAUGGCGAGCAAUGCACAUGACAUCUAAAUGCCCCCGGCUGUCCAUAUUUUCCUCUAGUAUCCCGCCUUCGCUAUGUAUGGGUAUCUUGUCAUUACUGUAAAUUUUGAUCGCUCUGUCCAUCCCAGCUCCGCUCCCCCCCCUCCCAACUCCCCCUCCCGUUUGAAAAAUCAGCCCAACUUAUCAGCCUCCACAUCCGGAUCAAAAAUGGUCCUCUUAGGCGCCUGC